AUAUCGAAUUUUUAUACUAUCUCGAAACGAUAAAAAAGAGCACAAAUUCUUCUCCUGUUAGUAAUUCUGUUCGAAUUCCUCUCCUUCCCCAAAAAAGAGUGGAGUUCAUCUCCGCCACGCGGGGUUACCGAUAAAAAUCCCCCAAAUUUCCGCUCCCACCCCGUCGGAUUCUCCCCCGAAUCCGAGAGUUCAUCGUUUUCCGCCGAUUUAUUUUAUCUGGUUUUGUAAACCAGCAGCCCAAUUGCUCUCUGCCUUCGUCUACCUCGUGGAAGAUUCCGGGUCAAAUUCUAGACUUUUUGGUGGGUUGCGUGCGAGGGGUGGAGGUUGCUUCGAAGGCAAGCGUUGGGGGGGGGGGGGGGGAUUGGAUUUUGAGGAGGGAGGGAGGGAGUAGGGUUUGGUAAUUGGAGGAGGUGGAGUAAUGGAGCUCGGGUUGGGGAUGGGGAUGGGGCUGGGCGACCCGCCUGCGGACUACGGCUCGAUCGCGGCGGUGGGGAUGUUCGUGGCGCUCAUCUGCGUCUGCAUCGUCGUCGGCCACCUCCUCGAGGAGAGCCGAUGGAUGAACGAGUCCAUCACCGCGCUAAUCAUCGGGUUGGGUACUGGAGGAGUGAUUUUGAUGGUGUCGAGCUGGAAGCACUCGCGCAUACUGGUGUUCAGCGAGGAUCUCUUCUUCAUUUACCUGCUCCCGCCGAUCAUAUUCAAUGCGGGGUUCCAAGUUAAGAAGAAACAAUUUUUCCGCAACUUCAUGACUAUUACGUUGUUUGGUGCGAUUGGGACCCUAAUCUCUUUCAGUGUAAUUUCCCUCGGUUCUCUAGGACUAAUAUCAAGGCUGAACAUAGGUUCCCUUGAUCUUGGAGAUUAUCUUGCACUUGGGGCAAUAUUCUCGGCAACAGACUCUGUAUGCACCUUGCAGGUUUUGAACCAAGAUGAAACACCCUUCUUGUACAGCCUGGUUUUCGGGGAAGGUGUUGUCAAUGAUGCAACAUCAGUUGUGCUAUUCAACGCAAUGCAGAACUUUGAUCUUGCAAAUUUCAGCAGUGUUAAAUUCUUGCAAUUCAUUGGCAAUUUUCUUUAUCUGUUUGCCACGAGCACCUUUCUUGGAGUUGCUGCUGGACUUCUCAGUGCUUAUAUCAUAAAAAAGCUGUACUUCGGCAGGCAUUCCACUGAUCGUGAAGUUUCUAUUAUGAUGCUCAUGGCUUACUUGUCUUACAUGCUUGCUGAAUUGCUUGAUUUGAGUGGUAUUCUUACGGUGUUCUUCUGUGGUAUUGUAAUGUCGCACUAUACCUGGCAUAAUGUAACAGAGAGUUCCAGGGUCACAACCAAGCACGCCUUCGCCACAUUGUCAUUUAUCGCCGAGACAUUUCUAUUUCUUUAUGUUGGUAUGGAUGCAUUGGAUAUGGAGAAGUGGAAGAUUGUCGGUGAAACAUUCAGCCCAAUGAAAUCUAUUGCUUUGAGCUCCACUAUUUUGUUCUUGGUGCUGGUCGCAAGAGCUGCUUUUGUUUUCCCACUAUCUUUUUUGGCAAAUUUGACCAAAAAAACUGAAGAGGGAAAGAUCUCUAUUAAGCAGCAAGUUAUUAUUUGGUGGGCGGGUCUGAUGAGAGGUGCUGUGUCCAUUGCAUUGGCCUACAACAAGUUCACAAGGUCAGGCCACACUCAACUCCCUAGUAAUGCUAUCAUGAUCACUAGUACAAUCACUGUUGUUCUUUUCAGCACGAUGGUCUUUGGGCUCCUGACUAAGCCAUUAAUCAGACUCCUAAUUCCAGCAAGACACCUCAACCGGGAAUCGAGUGCGCUUUCGGAUCCACCUAGCCCGAAAUCCUUCCUUGAUCCACUGAUCCUGAACGGUUCCGAUGUCGAUCCUGAGAUUGGUGUGGGCAUUCGCCGACCGACAAGCCUCCGACUUCUCCUAGCAAGCCCGACACAGUCGGUCCACCAUUACUGGCGCAAGUUCGACAACGCCUUCAUGAGGCCGGUGUUUGGGGGCCGAGGAUUCGUCCCCUUCGUCCCCGGCUCACCAACUGAAAGGAGUGUGCCAUUACUCCAGGGAAAUGAGAACUAGAAAACUUUUUCAAAGGAGCGUGCCAUUACUCCAGGGAAAUGAGAGCUAGAAAACAUAAACAAAGGUUGUGUAAAUCUGAGGUAGAAGAACAAUCAGCAAACACAGUUUCUGUAAAUUUAUCUGAGGUAGUAACAGCGUUCUUGGUAGCUGUGGUACAUGCUGAUGUGUUAUGUACCUAAUAUUGUAGAUAGCAUGGAUGUAUAUAUAUAAAGCCUCUGUAGUUUAGCAAGAAAUGGUGCUGAAAAUUUUGCCACGAUUUAUACAAUAUGGUAUGAUUUUUGCAUUCAA